AUGCACCUCGACGCCCGGGACCGCAGGCUCGUGGCCGCGCUCGCCGAGAACGAGGCCCUGCUGAGCAGGUACGGCGCGCUCCUCGACGCGCAGCGCCCGCGCCCGCGCCCGACGCCGCGGGAGGAGGCCGCCGAGGAGAAGCCGCGCCACGGGAUCGCCACGACCCCGACCCAGCUGGUAGUGCCGGCACGGCGGGACGAGCCGGGAGCCGAGGAACCAGAGGAAGGGGAAGUGGGCUUUUUGGCUGCCACGGCCAACGACGGUUCGCUCCGCGCCUCCCCUCCCCGGUCGGCGAUGGGCACCGGCGGCUUCGACCCCGUCGCCCGCGAGUCCGACCUCGCCCGCCUCCCCGGCCCGAAGCUCGUCGAACACCUCUGCACCACCCACCGCCGGGCCGACUACGAGGCGGUCGCGCGCGUGCUCGGCGACCGGGACCGCAGGCUCGAGGCCGCGCUCGCCGAGAACGAAGGCCUGCGGAGGAAGUGCGACGCGCUGCUAGGCCUGGGCGGCGCGCAGGCGCAGCCCCGGCCGCGGGAGGAGGCCGAGGAGGAGCCCGCCCCGGCCCCGCCACCACGGCGGGACGGGCGUGGAGUCGAGGGGGCAGGGGAAGUGGAGGUGAAAGGCGCCAACUUUAUUGACCUCUGCGACGACGACGACGACGAAGACGACGAGGAGGCCGGCGACGAGGUGGAGGCGGGCCGCGGCGCUGGUUCGAGGGUUCCGAUCAUGGAGGCAUGCGAAGACGCGGAGGUGGACGAGGACGACGACGUGCCGCUGAGCCAGCUCUGGAAGAGGCGGCGGCUAGGCGAGCACGCGGCUGUGAAAUCGGAGAAAGGAGAUGGGCAGGAGCAGCACAAUUCGGUCGAUUCCGGGGGGAAUUAUCCACGGAAAUGUACUUGUGUGAGGACGGAUGUUCCGGAAGCAUUAACCGGGGAGAUGGUGAGUAGGCCGCCUGAGGAUUCAAUGGUAGCAGCCUUCGUGCAGGGUAAGGGGACCUUUCAACCGGAGAAGGGGGGUGGCGAAAUGCCCAGGGCAGUACUGCAUUCCGCAGGAGAAGUUGUCUGGAGCACCUUGCAGAAAAGAAAGUUUGGCAAGAAAUAUGGUUCAUCUGCUGCUCCAGGGUUCACUACGUCUUCUUCCCAAGCAAGAAGCACAAAUCUUAUCCCCAAGAAAUGCAGGGAAUCAACGAGUCCAGAUGAUGAAAUGUGCAAUGCACGCUCUGUUUCUGUACCGGUUGGAGCUGUUAACACGUCGCCGAGGGGUCGCGGUGAGCAAGAGAACGGAACUGGUGUAGUGCAAAGGGCAAAGGUGCUGCAGGGGACUGGUGGAAUUGGCGAGCGAGGUGAUAAGCUUGAUUCUACUCCGACUAAAGUUGGGGAGUCAAACAAGAGAGAGGGAGAAUUGCAGAAGAAAUCCAUCAAUUCCAAGUCAAAUGAUGUGCUGGAAUGUCAGGAUAAAGAAGAUGCUAGAAUGGUACAGAAAAGGGGUCUCUCAAUGCAUUCACGUGAUCUUCCGAUGCCAAUAGUUGCUGGUGUUCCUUCGGUAACUAAAAAUCUUAAAAAGGGAAAACAUGUAAUGCGCAGUGCACCUGGUGAUUCUUCUAGAGCUGGUUCAAAAAAUGGUGUGCCAGCAAGGGGAGUUAGUGAACCACCAAAUGGAAAUAACCAAAUGAAGAAGAUGUCAAUGGUGGAACCAUCAUCCAAUUGUGGGUAUGAGAAAGUUGGGGCUGAUAUGCAGAAGUGCUCAUCUCUACCAAGAGAAAGCGAAGAAGGAACUGUAGCAAGGGAAGUAGUGUUAUUUGAAGUGACAAAAAUGACACCAGUUCAGCCUCUGAGCAUUCGCAAUUUGUCAGGACUAGAACUUCUAAAUUUAACCAAAGGAGGUGGUGAAUCAUCAAAGAAACUGGUGAUUGAAGGGUCUCCAAAAUAUGGAGAACAGAAUAAUGAUACUGGUUCUGGGAAAAGUUCAUCUCCAUUAAGACAGAGGGAGGGGUUGAAGAUCAUUGGUGAAAGAGCUUCAAAUGAAGAGUCAAGGGUGGGAAGAUUGUCACCGUCAGUUGAACGAAUGCAUUCAGUGAGUAAGAAUGAUGAACUAUGCAACUCGACAAUGACAAAAGCUUUGUUAGAACCUUGGUCUUCAUCUACGCCUUUGAAGCACACGAUUUUUCCACCUUACAGUAGUAAAAGCACCUCUAUCCAGGAAAAAAGGGAAAUAAAUUUGUCACCUUCAGCUACGACAAGGCGCUGGGAAUCUGCUGCACAUAUGAUUACCUCACUCAGGGGAAACAUGGAGCUCUCUAUGCAAGCUCUCUGUGCUCUUUACCGCCGAAGGAAAUUAGUACUCAGUUCAACUGAAGGACGACAAAAUGGGUCUGCUGGACUCAGCAAAAUUGAUGCCGCCAGGGCAGCUAAGUUGGCAGAAUUUCUUUUGGAUGGUAAGCUUCAGGGGCCUUUGAAAAGAACUGCGGAGGAACUAAAAGGCCAUGAUUCUACAGGGCCCACUUUCCUGGAGAAAGUAUUACUGAUUUUAUCGAAAAAGCUGUUCGAUAUUUACAAGAACAAGGAGGAUCCAUACUUCUGUUAACAGAAACUUGGCGAUAUGUGGUUAACAUUCAGAUAUCCAUAACUUGUCAUAUAGUGGGGUUACUCACCUUCCCCUGACUACAACAACCAGCAGCCUAGGUCCAACGUGAACCAUGCUUUCAGCUAAUACUGAUGAAGUUUGGAUGUGGCGAACGCCUGUUUUUACGCAUUUAAAUACAAAAUAUUGAAUUGGGAAGCACUGCUAGAGCUUUGAAGCUCCAAGGUCUUCCACUGUUUUAGGAUGUUGAUGCUGCAUGGUACCUCCUGU